AUGAAGAUCAUUAUCGUUGGCGCUACUGGGUUCGUGGGCAAAGAAGUCGUUGUCCAGUCUAUUGAGAACUCCAGAAUUUCAUCAAUCAUUGUCGUUACCAGGCGCUGCAUUGGCAAAAGUCUGAGUCAAAAUCCCAAGGUACAGGUCAUUCUGCACGAGGACUUUCAUGCCUAUCCGGCAGACCUUCUCGAACAACUACUGGGAGCACAAGGCUGUGUUUGGUGUUUAGGAGGCAAGGUCGAGGACUUUCCCGAUCUCGAGACCGCGAAGAAGGUCGGCGUUGAUUUCACUUUAGCCGCCCUUCGUGAAAGGGAUAUGUCCAAGUUUGCAACCGGGACAGAGAUUCCGCUUCGUCUUCUGCAGUGCCAAUGGGGCAGAGUGGGAUCAGGACAAGAGACUCUGGGUAUUCUCCGAUACCCGAAAAUUGAAGCUCGACAGUUCAUUAACGCCAAAACAAAGGGGGUCGCCGAACGGCGCUUGUUGGAUAUCGCCGAGGACAGCCGUGACGUAUUUCAGGCGAUCGUGCUUCGCCCAGGUGGCGUCGUGCCCGAUGGGAGUGUUUUACUCGGAAAGAUUGCAUCGCUGAUGACCCCGGUCGUCCCGUUAUCCCAGUUGGCGAAGGCGUUGGUCGAAUCUUGUAUCAAUCCACCAUCGGAGAAGGUCAUUGAGAAUCGGGAAAUCCUGCAGCUCGGUUCUUGA